AUGAACAGCCGAAGUGACCGGCCCGUUCCUUUGCCUCGGACAGCUGCUAAGGUUGGAAAGCCCAAACCGAAGGACCAUGCAAGCAGCCAUCUGUCUCUGUGUUCGGCUUAUCACGAUAAUUGGCUGCUUAGAGAAGAUGAGCAGAACAAUGAACAUGACAUCCCCCUUAGGAAUAUGAAUGACCACAAGAAAUUGCAGGAAGAAAAUAUGAAAAUAAAGAAUGAAUUAGAAGACUUAAGAAGCCAAUAUGAACAGCUCAUAGAAGAAGGAAAGAACAAAUGCUUUGAUGAAAGACGGGUCAGUUUUUUAAAAGCUCAAGCACUACAGCUGGAAAGGCAGGUGGUACUGCUUACAGAAGGAUUAAAUUCCCAAGCUGUUCUUAUGUUAGAGUUAAGCACAUCUUUAGAAGCUCUUACUGACAAGGUUAGCUCUUUCCGUAGCCCCGAAGGAACUGCAUCGAAAGUAAUCAUGCCACAUCUAGAACUUCUUCAAAUAAUUGAGAUGUGUCAGACAAUGAGAUUCAAACUGCAGAGACACCAACAAGUUUCUGAUCUGUCAAAACUUGCAUUGCCUUGGACGUUUGGAGGGAAUCUUGCUGUCCAACCGAUAACCCUUUUGGAUGUUUGUUACGGCAAAAUAGAAAAUUUAAAUCUUAGAUAUGUGAGUGCUCUUGAAGGAAAACUGAGCAAGUUGUGGAGACACCUGCUUGCCAUGAGGCAAAAUCUGAGUUUCAUGCUCGCCCCAGGACAAGCGUCCUCUGAAGCAGCUCAUCAGAUUCUACCAACUGUUGUUUAUGCUCGGCUGAUAAAUCAAGUAGUUCAGUGUCAUCAGUCUGUGGAGGAAUGUUGCACUGAUUUGCUCACUUUGACACUUCUGGUACCUUCAGCUCCUUGGGACAUUUUAGAAAAUUCUUUGAGCCAGGAAUUCACUGUGGAGAAUGUGCUUGCAACACUUCCAGCAUUUCCCAAGGGUGCCCCUCAGCAACGUGCUAAAAGAGCUGUAGAUGCCUUAGUAAAGGCUCAGAAUUAUUCCAGGCAAAUGUCAAUGCAGCAGAUACUUGCUUUGCAAGCUGAACUAAAUUUCCACAGAAAUUUAUAUAAUCUCCAAGUUAAGUAUAUUGAAGCUGUGUUCGAAGGGAUAAAGCAAGCGUACCACACAUUUCAAGAUAAUGUUGCUAUGGUUCUUUGUUCCCCACUACAAGAUGUUUUUUCUUCUUAUGCAAAACUUAAAACUGGAGCUUCGGAAGAUGCUUUGAGAGACUUUCUCACUGUUUUUAAAAACAAUGCUGAACAAAUCCAAUAUGCCAUUGAAACUUUGACUCCAUCAGCAAGUCAGCAGCAGGAAGGUGAUGAGGCCCUGUCAAGUUUUGGAAAAGAGUUCUUUCUAUCUUUGGAACGGUCACUCAAAGCCUGUGGAGAACAACGGGAUAAAGCAGCCAGUGAAAUGGGAAUCUUACAGAUGGAACUGGAUCAGGCUUUAGAAAAACUUAGGAAUUUAAGGGAACAAAAGAUUAAAAAAUCAGGGACCAUUCAGCAUUUCCCUAAUCAUGAAGAAACAGAAACAAGUUGCUUGAAUGUAGUUUCACAAAAGUCUGAAUCUAAUUCCACAUCUAAAUUUCCUCCAACCAGACUUGAUCUUUUGCUGAAACAAGCUUCUGUUGUAGAGAGAGAGCCUACCAAUUUGCUCUCCAAGCAGAAACUGGGAAAUUCUGAUGAUAUAAUUAUUCAGCAGAAGGGAAAGGUCCUUCAUAGGAGCAAGAGUAUGAAGGCCACUGAAAGGGCACCAUGGCAAGAUUAGUA